AUGGCUUCGCCCGUUGUAAACGCUGCUUUCAAGACCCGUGCGAGCAUUCGACGGAUAUUUAACACUAGGGAUUCCAAGCAACGCAGGCUUCAAUCAUCAACCACGACUCAUACAUUCGUUGACAGCAGAAGGGGCAAAGAGGAGUCGGUUCUCGUUCCCGCAACGCCAGAGUCUGCUCCCUUUUCGGCACCUCCACUGGCGCGACUGUCCACAGCAAGCAUUCUUCGGACAUUGGUCUUGAGCGCUUUCUUCACGACCCCGUGGCUCUUCAAACCGGGUUUGGCCGUGUUUGAGAAGGUCGCCAAUUCGCAGUCCGCGUGGCUGAACCCGGACCGGAAUCCCCUGCUGCGGACGGCGAUCUAUCCCCUCGUUUACAAGCAAUUUUGUGCUGGCAGGAAUCAGGCUGAGAUCGCGCGAACGUCAGCGGAGGUCAGGAAAUUGGGCUUCUCGGGUAUUGUGCUUUGUUACGGGAAAGAAGUGCAAGUCCGUGGCCAGGCGGACGAAUCUGUAGGCCAUGCCACUGUCAAGCCGAAUCCCAUGGACAUGGAAAUUGACCAGUGGGCGGAUGGCAACAUCAAGACAUUGGACAUGGUUGGACCAGGAGAUUGGCUCGGUAUCAAAUUCACUGGAGCGGGAACGAACAUCACAAAGGUGCUCAUGGACGGUGGUGAAGCUCCAGCCAGGUUCGUCGAGGCCAUGGACAGGAUUUGCGAGUAUGCUGCCUCCAAAGGUUGCCGUGUAUGGAUCGAUGCCGAGCAGCAGAUGUUGCAGGCGACCAUUGAUGAAUGGGCAUUCGACUUGAUGCGUCGAUAUAAUCGACCUGGCCGGCCGGCUCUGGUAUACAACACCAUCCAGGCGUAUCUGAAAUCAGCGCGAGACAAAGUGCAUCACCAGUUGGAGCUUUCUCAAAGAGAGGGUUGGCGGCCGGCGAUCAAACUUGUCAGGGGAGCUUAUAUCGCCAAUGACAUGCGUGCUAGGAUCCACGAUACCAAAGAGGAUACCGAUGCGUCGUACAACGGUAUUGUGGAGGAUCUCCUCCGCGGGAAUUUUCAGGCGCAAGGCGACCACCACCAGAAACACCACCACACAGAAGAGAUCGAUCUUUUGCUCGCAGGCCACAAUACCGAGACUAUUCGGAAAGCAGCUCGGCUGGCCUCCGAACUUGCAAGACAAUCGAGGUUGAAAGUGCGACUGGAGUUUGGACAGCUUCAGGGCAUGGCCGAUGACAUUGGUUGCGAGCUCCUUCAAGCCGCGGACGAGGUCAAGGAGGACAAAUUGUUGCCUACGGCCAAUACCUAUAUUCCCAGGGUGUACAAGUGUCUGACUUGGGGCAGCAUUCAGGAAUGCAUGCAAUACUUGGUUCGCAGGCUCAUUGAGAAUCGAGGCGCGGCUGAACGAAUGAAGGUCGGCGCGGCAGAAUUUAGAAGAGAGCUCUCGCGCAGGGUAGGCAUCUGGUCCUAG